AUGAAUUCACGUGACCCAAAAUUCGUGUUCAUAUUCGGAGGGCAGGGUCUCGAAUGGUAUUCAAUGGGAAGACAACUAAUUCAGAAUGAAGUUGUUUUUAAAGACGCCAUUUUUGCUGUAAGUGACUUAGUGAAGGUUUUAGGGCAACCAUGGUCACUUUUCGAAGAGCUUAUGGCAUCAGAAGAUGAAUCCAAGAUGGUAGAAAGCUCGGUUGCUCAGUUGACAACAUUUGCGGUGCAGUAUGCAACUGCAGAACUUCUGAAGUCCUGGCGACUACAUCCAGCAGCUGUCCUUGGCCAGAGUUUGGGCGAGUGUGCAGCUGCUUGUGUUGCAGGAAUAAUUACACUGAAAGAAGCAGUGCAUCUGGUAUUGAUUCGUUCCACUUUGCAAGACGAAUGUCCAAAGAAUGGUCGUAUGGCCGCUGUUGGUAUGUCGGAAGACCAGGCAAGGAAACUUCUAUUAGAUUUGAAACUAAGUGUCUCACUUAGCAUUACUGCAGUCAAUGACCCCACAAGCGUGACAGUGGCCGGUGAUUCGCAGUCAGUCAGUGCACUGGGUCAGUAUUUAGAGACCCACGCGAAAAACACAUUUUGGCGAGUUUUUGGGACCAAACGAGCAUUUCACAGUCCACACAUGGAUAUUAUCCAGAAACCUUUUAAAGCAGCCAUGAGGCAAAUCAACCUAAAUCCUCGGCCGUCAAAUAUUCCAGUUUACUCGACCGUAGAGGGUAAAGCAAUCUCG